GAGGCAGAUAGAGAGAAAGUGGACACCGAUGUGAUAAGAGGGACAAAAGCGUGGGACAGGAGGGACAACAUCAGGUGGCCAGAGACAGAGGGAGAAAAGAGAGAGAGAGGGGGGAAGUGAGAGAGACCUCCUACAACCACCUCUGAAGCCAACCCAUAAAAUGAAUUCAGACUCAGAUAGCAGCAGAGCUUCUUCCCCGGACAUGGACGUUAUGUCACUCCGAGAACACCAUCCACACCACCACCACCACCUCCACCACCUCGUCGGAUCCUCCGUGUCCUCCUCCACCCAGAAGCUGAGCGACAGCGACCUCCUGAGAUCCGAAGACCCGAAGUCAGUGGAGAGCAGCAGCAGCGGCGACAGCAGCAGCGGCGACAGCAACAAGUUCAAGCUAAAGAAACCAGUCACGGAAGAAGAUAUGUACCACCUGCGACUCAAGAUCAACGGCCGGGAGAGGAAGCGCAUGCACGACCUCAACCUGGCUAUGGACGGCCUGCGCGAGGUGAUGCCGUACGCGCACGGGCCCUCGGUGCGCAAGUUGUCCAAGAUCGCCACGCUGCUCCUCGCCCGGAACUACAUCCUGAUGCUCAACAGCUCCCUGGACGAGAUGAAGCGGCUGGUUGGGGAGAUUUACGGAGGGCACAACUCGGCUUUCCACUGCGGCUCCGUGGGUCACCCCGGGGGCCCGGGCGGGCACGCCGGUGGCCCCUUAGCUGCCGCCCACGCUGCUGCAGCCGCCGCCGCAGCCGCGCACCAGGUGCACCCUCUGCUCGGCGGCGCGCUGUCAACACCCACAUCCUCCUCGCUGUCUAGCGCGCUGCCGGGCCUCACGUCUAUCCGUGCCCCCCACCCCCUGAUGAAGGGCGUCCCGUCUGCUCCCCAGGCCCUGCAGCUGGGCCCCGGCUUCCAGCACUGGGCCGGGCUGCCGUGCCCCUGCACCAUCUGCCAGGUGCCCACUCCUCCACACAUGCCCAUCAGCUCCUCCAGCCUCAGCAGACUCUCAGUGGAGGGCAAGGACCUGAUGAAAUGAUGCGUGCAGACCCGCAGAGACUGAGCCAUGUGAUGGUGUUUGUAAAUACAGGAUUCAGGGCAUGAGGGGGGGGGGGGGGG